CACAGAAGAUGGAGGGAGGGAUGGCAACGCGGGAGUCUCGUUGCCGCAGGGGGCGCAUUGGGGUCCAGCCGUCCCCAGAACGCAGAUCAGAGGUAGUCGGACCUUUCCCGCUGGCGCGCGGCCUCAGCCAGGUAGGUCUCCUUCGCCUUUUCUUUCCUUUCUUUGCCUUUCCUUUCCCUGACGCUGGGGGAAGUAGGGCAGGGGUCUGUGCCCUAGGCGGCCUUUCUGGUGCAGAGGACCUUCCCCAUCCUCCAUCAUGUGAGCAGCCAGAGCCGGGCGCUCGAACUUGCGCAAUGGUGGCUGCCGCACCACCGGCUCGGGCGUCCGGCGGGUAUCUGGGAGUCCCAGAGGGCCGAGUCCGGGCCGUGUGGGCGGGUCGGGGUCUUGCGGUUUUGGAGCACUGAGUUUUUAACCUCUGCUUAAGUUUUCAGUUCUGGCAAGUGUAGGGAGAGCCUCCUAGCAGAGUCCCUCUAGCCUUCCUCGUCGGUUGGCCUGAAAGCGUUUCUGUGUGGCCAAAGGGCGGGGCGAACAGGAGGAGAAGGGUGCGCCCACGCAUUCCUUCGCCCCACUCGAGUUCUCCCCACCUACGUGGCUGGAGGACGGUGCGCGUGCUCUGUCGGUUUGGACUGAGUGGUGGUUAAACCGCAUGGCCGCCGUGCGUGCUCCCAAGUGCUGGGCUCCCUUGAAUGUACUCCUAAAGAGGGAAUAUUUACUCCGAUGAAAUUUUGACCUAAAAGCAAUACAGCUCCCUUUCUACGUACGCAUUUAAAGACAUGGAAAGACAACCCCCCAGAUUUUCAGGGGCUCGCUCACAUUUUCAUCUUUUUUCAGUUCUGUGAAAUGGGAGGAUCUGAAACGGCCAUGAUUAUUAAGAAAA